AUCCCCUGGGAUCCCCGGGAUCUGUUACCCGGCGUUCCCAAAUCCCUUGGGAUGCGGGAAUUCCCGGGGAUUUGGGAUCCCUGCCCGUGGGGUGGAUCCCCGCGGAUCCGCCGCUGAUCCCAUGAUCCCGCAGGACCGGCUCCCCUUCGACCUCAACUUCCACCGCGUCCGCGAGAGAGGGGGUCUCCUGGUGGGAUUCCCGGAGGAUCCCCCCGUGAGCCGCCUGCUGCCCCCGGCCGCGCUGGAAUAUUACAUCCGGCAGUUCCAGAAAUCCGGCUUCAGGGGAGCCCUGAACUGGUACCGGAACAUGCGGGAGAACUGGAGCUGGGCCCUGCGCGCCAGGGGCAGGACGAUCCCGAUCCCGGCGCUGAUGGUGACGGCCGGGAAGGAUCCGGUGCUGAAGCCCGAACUCAGCAAAGGCAUGGAGAGAUGGAUCCCGCGGCUGCAGCGGGGGCACCUCCAGGACUGCGGCCACUGGACUCAGCUCGAGAGGCCGCGGGAGCUGAACGGGAUCCUCCUGGAGUGGCUGCGCAGCCUCGCCCCGGAGCCGCCGCCGCGCCGCCACGCCAGGCUGUGAGCGGCAACUCUCCCGGAAUUGUCUCCUGGAAUUCCAAACUUUUUCCAGGAAUUGUCUCCUGGAAUUCCAAACUUUGAGUGGGAAUUUUUUCCUGGAAUUCCAAUUUUUGAGGCGGAAUUUUUCCUGGAAUUCCAAACUUUGAGUGGGAAUUUUUUCCUGGAAUUCC